AUGUUUGAGGAAUGCAUUGGUUGCAGUCAAACUAGAUAUAAAGAUGAACCAAUGGAAGAUAAGAUGUUGGUUUUAUGUCCAAUUUGUAGAUUAACGAGAUAUUAUAAGGCAUCAAAAGAUGUUAAAAUAUUUGAGAAUUUUAAUAAUCAAACAAAAUUAUACGCAUUUAAACAAUUAUUAUCUACUCAUAGAAAGAAAUUAUCAGAAUUUGAAGAUAUUUUGUUACAAGACGAAUUUAUGUCAAAAUUCAAAAAGAAAAAGUUUGAUUACGCUAAAGAACUUUUGAAAAUUGAAAAUGAUCAACAGAGUUCGAGUGAUGAUGAUGAAGAAGAAGAACCAGAGAAAGAUGAAGAAGAUGAUUGUAUUGAGGAAGAAGAUAAAAAGGAUGAACCAAAAAAAGUGGAAAUUGUACAAGAUGACGAUGACGAAAGUUCAGAUAGUAGUAGUAGUGAAAAUGAUGAGAAUGAAGAUAUGAAUAUGAAUAAAGAAGAAAAAACAAAAAAUGAAAGCCUGAGAAAUGGUAAGGCAAGGCUUAGAAAGAAACCAAAAUUAGAGUCUUCAAAAUCAAAAUCAAAUUCAACUAAAUCUUCAUCAGAUAGAAAAUGUGGUGGUUGUAAAAGAAUUAGAUCAAAAGAUGAGCCACCCGCAUGUAAGACAUAUUUAAAUUGUCCUAAAUGUGUCAUAAAAAGAAGAAUGGGAAAUCAUUCAAAAAAUCCUCUUCAUCCUUCCAUUAAAUUAUAUGCAUUAAAACAAGUUGAAGAAAUGAAUAAACUGCAUCAAAUGGUAUCAUUUAAAGAGAAAAUGUUAAAUUAUGAUGAAUUCUUGUCACAAUUUAAAAAUAAAAAAUUUGAUUAUAAAGCAGAAAUGAAAAAAUUGGGACUUUAA